AGUUAUGAAACUGUUUUGGAAGUAUAUUAUGUAACUUAUGCAUGAUGACGUAAUUUCACACACCAUGUUUGGAGGGGGAAAAAAACUGUUCUACACAUCACCCUAAAAACAUGAUACCAAAAGUGAAAUUUGCAGGUGGGAACAUCAUGGUGUGGGCUGUCUUAUAGCAUAGGCUACUGGCAGGACAACAGAAUGCAAAGCUAAACAAUGCACAUUUAUAAGACAAUGCAGGUUGCAAAUACAAAUGUAUAAGAGCAUACAUGUUUGACAACCGCAGCCAUAUACAUGGUUUGAUUACUUAAGACAUAAUAAUAUUAGUGUUUUCUUUUCUGUAAACUACAUCUUCAUUACUGUGUACACUUGAAUAAUGCUAUACACGUCUGACAGAGAGAAAGAGAGAGAGAGAGCAUUAUGACACUGUUGUUCACCAACAACAAUAGCUAGCCUUAUCCACAGUGUUUGAGGCCUCCCAGCACCAUUUCACCUUCAGAUGCUUUCUGAUCAGCCUCACAGUGGUUUUGAUGCAAUCUGGACUUUCUCCAAAAUUUCACCACAGCUCAAGCUUGAUUUCAUAAUUAGGGAAGGACAAUGAACAGUUUGGAGGGCUUGAGGGCAGACUCCUCUCAGUUCACUCUGAGGGGGGAACCCUUCCACAUCCUAGGAGGCUCCAUCCAUUACUUCCGCGUGCCCAGACCGUACUGGAAGGACCGGCUGCUGAAGAUGAAAGCCUGUGGUCUCAAUACUCUUACAACAUAUGUGCCAUGGAACCUGCAUGAACCUGAGAAAGGAGCAUUUAACUUUCAAGAUCACCUAGAUCUCAGGGCCUACGUCAGCUUAGCAGCAGAGAUAGGUUUCUGGGUGAUUCUACGGCCUGGACCUUACAUCUGUGCUGAAUGGGACUUGGGUGGCUUGCCUAGCUGGUUAUUACAAGAUAAAGGCAUGCAGUUGCGGACAACUUACCCUGGAUUUGUAAAUGCUGUCAACUUGUACUUUGACAAACUUGUCUCAGUUGUGCAACCUCUGAUGUUUGAAAGCGGAGGACCAAUCAUUGCUCUCCAACUGGAGAACGAGUAUGGAUCAUAUGCUAAAGACGAUGAGUAUAUGCCUUUCUUAAAGAAUUGUCUCCAAUCCAGAGGGGUCAAUGAGCUCCUUCUAACAUCUGACAAUUGGGAAGGCUUGAGUUACAGAAGCAUAGAGGGAGUUCUAAAAACAUUAAAUCUCCAGAGGCUGUCAUUUGGAGCCAUUCAGCACUUAGCAUGCAUGCAGCCCAAGAAACCUCUAAUGGUGAUGGAGUAUUGGGCUGGAUGGUUUGAUGUCUGGGGGGAGGGUCAUCAUGUGUUCCAUGCAGAAGACAUGCUAGGUGUGGUGUCUGAAAUUUUGGAGAGGGGAGUUUCCAUUAACCUGUACAUGUUUCACGGUGGGACCAACUUUGGCUUCAUGAAUGGAGCAAUGGACUUUGGCACUUACAAACCUCAGGUCACAAGUUAUGAUUACGAUGCUCCACUCUCUGAAGCUGGAGAUUACACUACCAAAUAUGAAGUUCUGAGGGAUUUAUUCAGCGCUGAGCCUCUUCCUGAAGUGCCUUCUCCUCAGGAGAGGAGAGCUUAUGAGCCUGUGUUCACACAGCAGUACCUAUCUCUGUGGGACAGCGUGCAGUUCACAGAUAAGCCAUGCAGGUCAGAGAGGCCAAUAAAUAUGGAGAAUCUUCCAGUCAACAACAACAAUGGUCAGUCCUAUGGUUAUACACUGUAUGAAACCGCCAUCAGCAGUGGAGGAGCUCUAAACUCUGGCAACAACAUCAGAGACAGAGCACUGGUGUUCUUGGAUAGACAAUAUGUAGGGUGUUUGGACUGCAAGACUCAUGAAAUCAUGCUGCCUGAAGCCGAGGGAAAGAGGACUUUGGCUGUACUUGUUGAAAACUGUGGAAGAGUUAAUUAUGGUAAAGCUCUCAAUAACCAACGCAAAGGUAUUGUUGGAGACGUUGUGCUAAAUCAUACACCCCUAAGAGGAUUCAACAUAUUCUGUUUAGAUCUAAAGCCAAGCUUUAUACAAAGACUGUCAAGCUCAGGUCAGUGGAAAACCAACUUCCAGUCACUGCCUGUCCCAGGAUUUUUCCAGGCCACACUCGUUGUGGAUGGCCCUCCAAAAGACACAUUCAUCAAACUCCCUGAUUGGGGUAAAGGAGUUGUGUUUGUCAAUGGCCAGAACCUAGGUCGUUACUGGUUCAUCGGUCCCCAGCAUUUCCUUUAUCUCCCAGGACCUUUGCUCAGAAGUGGAGAGAAUCAGAUCAUUGUUUUCGAAGAAGAAAAAGUUGAUGGCAAAAUUCUGUUUUCUGAAAAUCCUGAUUAUGGAAAGACUAUCGAUGUCUACAAACUUCCCUUUUGCAGUCUGCUCUAAGCAUUGUACACAUUGUUUUUGCACAUUAGCCACACAAAGUUGCUACAAACUAAGGAAUGAUUUAUUGGUACUAAAACUGAAUGUGAAUUAUAUAAACCAAUUAGCACAGUAGUGUUGUUUGUAAUUGCUCUUUGUAGCAGUUUAACUCCUUUAAUUAGAGCUAAACGUUUUUACUACUGCUUAAUUUUGUUUCAUCAAAUGCACUGCUUUGUAGAAUUAAAGAGACUAUCGAGUGGAGAAUUUUCUUUUCUAACAUGUACACAGACAAUAAAAUCACAACUUAAUAAUUAAGUGUGCAAUUCUACUGCAGGAUUUUUACUAAUGCAAGGUUUAUCAAAAGCCACUGAAGAUAAAAAUAAAAAACAUUUCUGCUU